AUGGCAGCUUCUAAGACUAACGCUAAGUCAUUCCAUACUGUGGAAACAGCAUGUUUCUGUCUGACACUCACGGACAAGUCCUACAACAGCACAGCAGAGCAUAGUAACGUUGAUGCAAUCGUUGUCAUGCACAUUGGUGACGAUGCAGCCUUUCGAUCUAGAAAAGCGAUCUGGCAACCAGAGAACACCACUUUCGAUAAGCCGCAUUUACUCGAAUUUGAUUAUGACUAUAACAAUCUCAGCGCGUUGAGCUCUGCAAAUAAAAACUUCCUUGCCCUGAAGUCGUCUUUCCGGGUCAAGUCGAUCGUGUUCUCGGGUUACGGCAAUGAUCUCGUUCGCAAAGCUAGGCUCUACACGGACACUGUGAUGCAAAUCGCGUUACAACUUGCUUUCCUGAGAACUCACGACAGGUAG